GGCACCGGGUGGGGCGCGUUCCGGGCGCUGCGGGGUCACCCCAGCUCGCCUCUCCUGGCUGGUGCCACCGGCUCUGCGUGCGCCGCGGUGACUUCCGCGCUGGUCAGGGUCUCCAGCCGAGAAAGAGUUAACCGGCCACCGCAGGAGGAGCCCCAAAAGGAAGGAAGGAAAUUGCCGUAGUUCUGAAAGUUUUUCCUUCCUCUCUUUUUCCCCCUGCAGAGGUGAGUGCCGGGAGGCGGCGGCGCUGAUUCUCCCGGGCCAGGCUCCGCGCCUCUGCUCCAGGAGCUGCCGCCCGAGUGCCCGGGGACAGGGACAGCCGUCGCUCUCGGACCUCCGCCGCGACCCCUUCCGAAAGGGUGCGCACAGCCAUGGAGGGCGCAGAGCUGGUGGGGAAGAUCCUUUUCACCUGGCUGACGCUGGUGCUCGGCCUCAUCCUCCUGCCUUCGGCCUUCGGGGUGUCUCUGGGCAUCUCCGAGAUGUACAUGAAGAUCCUGGUGAAAACUUUAGAGUGGGCCACGUUACGAAUUGAAAAAGGAGUCCCAAAGGAGUCAGUUCUUAAAAACUCAGCUUCUGUUGGUAUUAUCCAAAGAGAUAAGUCACCAAUGGAAAAAGGGCUCUCUGGUCUGCGAGGAAGGGACUUUGAGCUGUCUGAUGCGUUUUAUUUCUCCAAGAAGGGAUUGGAAGCCAUUGUGGAAGAUGAAGUGACCCAGAGAUUCUCCUCAGAGGAGCUAGUGUCAUGGAAUCUCCUCACAAGGACCAAUAUAAAUUUCCAGUACAUCAGUCUGCGGCUCACCAUGGUGUGGGUGCUGGGUGUCAUAAUACGCUACUGUGUCCUAUUGCCUCUGAGGGUUACCUUGGCUUUCAUUGGGAUCAGCUUGUUGGUUAUUGGAACGACACUGGUUGGGCAGCUUCCAGACAGCAGUUUAAAAACCUGGCUAAGUGAGCUGGUCCACCUGACCUGCUGCCGGAUCUGUGUGCGCGCCCUCUCUGGGACCAUUCAUUAUCACAACAGGCAGUACAAACCCCAGAAGGGAGGCAUUUGUGUUGCCAACCAUACUUCCCCAAUAGAUGUUUUGAUCUUAACAACGGAUGGAUGCUAUGCUAUGGUUGGCCAGGUUCAUGGUGGAUUGAUGGGAAUUAUUCAGAGAGCUAUGGUUAAGGCUUGCCCACAUGUCUGGUUUGAACGCUCAGAAAUGAAGGAUCGACACCUGGUUACUAAGAGACUACGAGAACACAUUGCUGAUAAGAAAAAAUUACCCAUAUUAAUCUUUCCUGAAGGAACUUGCAUCAAUAAUACUUCAGUCAUGAUGUUUAAAAAGGGAAGCUUUGAAAUUGGAGGAACCAUAUAUCCAGUUGCAAUUAAGUAUAACCCUCAGUUUGGUGAUGCCUUUUGGAACAGUAGUAAAUACAACAUGGUGAGCUACCUGCUUCGAAUGAUGACCAGCUGGGCCAUCGUCUGUGAUGUGUGGUACUUGCCUCCCAUGACGAGAGAGGAAGGAGAAGAUGCAGUCCAGUUUGCUAACAGGGUUAAGUCUGCUAUUGCUAGACAAGGAGGAUUGACUGAGCUUCCCUGGGAUGGUGGGUUGAAGAGAGAUAAGGUGAAGAACACUUUUAAGGAAGAGCAGCAGAAGAACUACAGCAAGAUGAUUGUUGGCAAUGGAUCUCUCAACUCUGAAUCGGACUGACUGCCACCCUGGAGAUAAAGCUUGGUUUCCCA